CUAGCAGAAGCACACAAUACUGGAGGUCGUAUGUGAGGGUGAUGGGUGUUCCUCCUAAAACUACUAUAGAAAAAGAGACUGACUGUGUCUUAAUCAGUCACUCAGAUAUAGACACCAGCAGCCAGAGGACAUGGAGCCAAAACAGAUCAAAGAAGGAUACAUGGUCAAAAAGGGCACAGUGCUGAACACAUGGAAGGUGGUAUGGGUGGUGUUGUCUGAAGAUGGGGUGGAGUUCUUCAAGAGAAAGACAGACAGCGCUCCCAAAGGAAUGAUCCCACUGAAGGGAGCUGUUCUGACCAGCCCCUGUCAGGACUUCAGCAAGAGAACGUUGGUUUUUAAGCUGAGAACGGCCAAGAACCAGGACCAUUACUUCCAGGCCACCCACCUGGAGGAGAGAGAGUACUGGGUGAAAGACAUCAAGAGGGCCAUCACCUGUUUGCAGGGGGACAGAAAGUUCACCAGGAAGUCCACAAGGAGGUCCAUUCGCCUCCCUGAUACAGUCAACCUCAAUGAGCUUUACAUUCUAAUGAGAGACCAGGAGGAUGGUGUCAAAGAGCUGAAGCUGGAGAAGCAGAAGAGAGUCUACAAUCACUGCUUCACAGGUGGUACGGUGGUGGACUGGCUGAUCUCUAAGGACAAGGCCAGGAACAGACCUGAGGCUUUGAUGUUGGCUACAGGAGUCCUGAAUGAAGGUUUCCUGCAGCCCGCAGGGGACGUGUCCAAAGAGGCGGUCGAGGGAGGGGCAGAGUCUGCCGUCCUCGAUGACCCGGAUGCACUCUACUACUUUGCAGACAGUGGGUUCUUCUGUGAAGGCUACUCCAGUGAUGAAGAUGUGAUUGUGAAGGAGGAGUUCAGGGGUAACAUCAUAAAACAGGGCUGCUUACUCAAACAGGGUCAUCGGAGGAAAAACUGGAGCGUGCGGAAGUUCAUCCUCCGGGAUGAUCCUGCUUAUAUUCACUAUUACGACCCCACCAAGGGUGAUGAGUACCCUCUGGGCUCUAUCCACCUGCGAGGGUCUGUGAUCACAGCGGUGGAGUUUGUUCCUGAUGCCAAGAGGUAUGAUGUUGAUGGGAAUCUUUUUGAGAUCAUCACUUCAGAUGAGACGCACUAUUUCUUCCAAGCGACUACAGCCGAGGAGAGGAAGGAGUGGAUCAAAGCCAUCCACACCGUGUCAAAAACCGGAAAAUAAUCACAACAGGCCACAUAGCUAAUUUGAACAACUUACAUUGAGGGAUAUGGAUUAUGGUUGGCAUGUACAAAGCCUUGUUGCAGAGCCAGAAGGAAUCCACAUUUAAAUAAUUUAGCCCUAGAAUUUGAAGGAUGAAUGACUUAUCCAAAAUUCAGCUUUUACGAGUUUUAUGUUUCUUAUUGUAUUUAUGUUGAAUGAUUACAAAUUUCCUGUACAUAUAGAUCAAAUGCCCCCUCACAUGCUUUUCAAAAGUCACCAUGAUGUGGGUGUACUCUCACCUUUAGAUGUAUUUAUCACAUGAUAUGAGAUACAGGCAGGCUGUGAAGAAGGGUGCAAUGUUCUCUGUGUAGAAAGGCAUGAAGUUCUGUUAUGGUUUCUGGUGUGGCCGUCUGCUUUUCCAUCCAGCUGCCUGUAAAAGAAUAGAAUAAUCUAUUUAGAGGUAGGGAGAAGGAGGAGUUAGAAGAAUCUCACUAUUCCAGCCAGUUCCUAUGACUGAACAAACACUUAUCAUAUCCUGCCUCUGAGGACAAUUGUCAUUCUGUGGUUUUCAUGAUGUUCUUAUCCCAUAUCACUUGAUAUGCACAUGGUCUAUGUACUGGCUGUAUAUCGCUGUGUUCUAACUCCAGUAUCAAUUCAAUAUCUACUCUUUGUCUCCACCUUCUGGUUUCUGUCAAAAAGUAAAUGUCCAAAAAAGUUAUGGUUUUCAAACAACCAAGAAUUGUGACCCUAUUAUUUGACAUGUACCUUUGAUCUUUGACUCUCCUCGUGUUUAUCUACUCCGACCGGGCAUUAUGACAUCCUGAAAGAUGUAAUGCCUCCAAAUUCAAUAAAAGGCAGGAUUCAGGA